AGAGAGAGAGAGAGAGAGAGAGAGGUGAGAAAGCGAAAGGAGUCCAGAGAGAGAAAGGGAAGGGAAGAAAGCUCGCAGCCAUCAGACUUCUGUUUCUGUCUAAAACCGCCAAGGUAAAACUGCCAUUUUGAGAGCAGUGGCGGUUUUUACCAAAACCACUGAUUCCUAUGCACACGCGUCCUUAUAUCUUCGAGUCCGUCCGCCACCCCUUUAACCACGAGCUCUCACUUCUUCGUAUGGUUUGAUGGUCUUUCUUUCCCUGCAAAUCCAUGGCGAUUCUGCAGUACUGAUACUGAAAGAGAAGAAAUAAAGCUGAAAAAGAUAGAAAGAGAGGAGGAAGAAAAGAAAAUCCACUGGGGAAAAGGAGAGUGAGAGGGGAGGGAGGAGCAGUGCCACUCAGCUUUUUGUUUUAAUGUUGGUUUUUCGUUUCUGUUCCUAUUUUUGUUUAUGGGUCUUGUCUUCACCUGGGUUUUGAAUCUUUUUCUGUGUAGCAGUAGUAGAAAGUAGAGCUAAGAACUGUUUUUGCUGAUAUACUGGGGAAAGAACGAAGGAGAGAUAAAAGGCAAAGGAAAGAAGAAACGAAAGCAUAAAAAUACAAGCUUUUUCUGUCUGCUUGUCGAUUCACGUCUGUUCUUCACAUCUUUCGAUCGUGAAGCUUGUUUCUAUGUGGGUUCCGAUGGAGAGUGAUUCUUGUCAUUAAAACUGGGGAAGAAAAUACUUGAACUAAUUCAGAGAGAAAAUCAAGAAUAUAGGGGAACAGGGGAGCUUUUUUCUUGUUCUAUUACAUUGUUUGAAAGAGGUUAUAGAAGUAGAGAAGAAAUUCUCAUGGAGCAGACCUGGGCCAUUCUUGUUUCUGGUUAUUUGAUGGGUGAUGGUUCUGCCAUCUAGUAAAGACCUUUAAAAUCCAUUUUACUCCCUUCAGUCCUCUGCAUUUUGAUGUGGUCUGCAAAACAGCACCUUUAAUCCAUGGUGACAUUUUAAGUUCAGUUCUUGCUUCUGUGUGCGCUCCCAAAUUAUCUCAGAGGAGGAAGUUAAGGCUUCCGAGACUCUGAUAGAGGAAGUUAUGCUAAGGAAGAGAUCGAGGGCUAUGACCAGUAAGCAAGCUCUUAUGGCUGAUCAUGGUUCUCUUCCAUCUCCCAAGGGCAAAUACAUAAGGCCGACUUCGCCCUUCUUCAGUUCUCCACGGCUCUUCACCGCUUUAUCUGGAAAGGGCUUUUCUGAAACCGAAGCUGUGAUGAGCCCGACUUCUAUACUUGACACUAAACCAUUCUCUGGUUUUGGUAACCCUAUUUGGUCUGAUAGAUUAACUGCUAAAUCCCCAGAACCUUGUCCGGAGAACAGACACCCGUGGGAGAAAUUAGACUCAAGAGGCAUUGGUCUCGGUAUUGUUGAUGCUCUUAGUGAUGAAAGAAGCACGAACAGUUUUUCCAAACCUGAAAGCCGAAUGGUUCUGUUCGGAUCACAGCUGAAGAUUCAAAUACCUCCUCUCCCACCUUCUGUACUUUCUCCCACCGAAUCCCCCAAAUCUCCUGCUGACUUCGGUAUCAAAACCCGAAGUUCUCAGUUGGGUCCUUUCUCCCCGGGAGUAUCUCCUUCGGCAAAGAAAUCUGCAUUUGGGUCAGCAAAUUCUGGCCUGGACGCACCCGCCUCUCCUAAGAUAUUCACAGGUUGUCUCUCUGCAAGCGAGAUGGAGCUUUCAGAGGAUUAUACCUGUGUCAUCACCCAUGGGCCUAAUCCAAGAACGACUCACAUCUUUGAUAACUGCAUCGUGGAGAGUUGCUGUGGUGUUGUUGGUUUGUCUGCAUCAAGGAAGGAGAACUGUUUUUCCUCUGACCGAUCAAAUUAUCCCUCAGUGAAUUUCCUUAGCUUCUGUUACACUUGCAAGAAGGAUCUUGGACAGGGGAAAGACAUUUACAUUUACAGGGGUGAGAAGGCGUUCUGCAGCCGCGAAUGCCGCUACCAAGAGAUGCUGUUCGACGAAGGAAUGGAGAAAUCUGAGUUAGAUGGUGCUCUUAGGGCCUGUUCCUGAUCCUACCCAGAUUUUGAUCUAUCUCCCAAUUCACUAGAUCGUAGAAAUACUUUCAGCAGUUGAGGAAAUUCUGUAAAUUCUCGAUUUUUCAGUAUACCCCUAUCAACCAAUGAAAGAGGACCGAGUCUAGACUGCUUAAAUUUGAAUACGGAUUAAUCAACAUGGCGCCUGGGUAUACUGGGGUAGCUUGCUUAUUAUUCCUUUUUCUUGUCUUGGCUUAUUAUUCCCUCUUUCAGUCUCAGACAGAGAGGCUGAGAAGUCUGUUGAUUUUGGUUAGAUAAGGAGAUUGCUGUUGGGUUUUGUCCACAGUUUUUGGCUUCCAAGGGUGAUAAUGUAUGACUGAAACUGUAUUACCUUUGUUUAUUCUAUACUAAUCCUUAUAUAAUUGUCAACAUGUAAAAUAGGACAAAUUACUCCAUGCCUUUAGAUUCUCUUCUUCCUUUUUCCUUUCUUUGUGCAUCCUUUUCUUUGGGCUCAUUCCCAUUUUGUUUGUCUUGAUGGACCAAAUUACUUAAACAAAUGUUUGCUUAGUUGCAUUUCUUUAUGGCUCAGUCUGAUGUAACAUUGGUUACUAUAUUAAGAGAGCAAAGCCAACCUUGAGCGUUGAGCCAUAUCCA